GGAGGGAAGCCGGGGGCGAGGUGGCGCCGCCGGGGCGCUCCGACUUGUGCGGGCAGCUCCGCUCCCCGCCACCGCCCCGCGGGCCGGCCCGGGGCCUCCGCGCCCCUUUCCCACCCCGCGCCCGGCGCUCCGGCAGCGCCGCUGCGGAGCUGAAGGUCGGGCGCGCCUCGUCGGCACCGGGCGCCUGGCGUCGUCUCCUGCGGGCCGGCGGCGCGGUGCAGUGGCCGCGGCGGCGGGAGGCGGCGCUGCGGAGGCCCGGCGCCGCGCGGGGAGCCGCCGGCACGCGGCGAGGGGCGGGGCGCGCUGGGCUGGCGCCGUGUCCGCCGGCGGCGCCGAGCCGCGACCUUGCCGAGCCGCCCGCUCCCAGCCCGGCCCCGGCCCGCAGCCGCGCCUCGGCGCGAGUAGGGCCUGACAGGAGUUUCGCUCCUGGGCUUGUGCUGCUCCCAGAGGCAUUUUCGGUGGCACGUCCCAAACUCUUUAGAUUUUUGAUCCCUAAGAGCAGUGAUGGUGGUUUGGAGCGUGAGUUAUGUCCCACUCCUUUGGCGGGUAGCGGCGUGCUGUCUCUGAAACUUCCUGGCCAGCUCCCCUCGUAAUAGCGAACGUGAAGGUGCUUCUUGCUCAGCCGCGUGUGCCCUGGCUGACAAGUAACCUCAUACGCAGUCUGCUUUAGGUUUCUUUGUAGAUCACUGUGUAUGGGACUGCAGAAUUAUUUAGGUUGGGAAGGACCUUCACAAUCAUCCGUUCCAAUCGUAAACUUAAUACUGCGAAGUUCACCUGUGUCAUCUUAAGUGCCACACCUACACAUCUUCUAAAUGCCUCCAGGGAAUAUCUCUGCUUAUAUCCUCAUAUAAUCCACUGCCUUAUGCUGUUUUAAGGACACGUUGCGUUUUCUUCUUUUCUGAUGCGAUCUUGUCUGGGACAUAGGUGUCCUGUAACACCUGGUUAGGUGUUGCUGUCGUUUGAUGUGUUUGAUUAAUACGUUUAUCUCUAACUGUGGUACAAAGGUCUCUGUUCAUGAAACUUACUGCACAAAAGAUGAGAGGAAUCACCAAUACAGGAGGGUCAGACCACUGUAAAGAAGAAUGAGAGAAGGAGCAAGGAUUGAAAUAACAAGUGAAUGCCGUACAGGAAUUCUUGAAAAUGAUAGUUUAACCUGCAAUACAUUGAAGUGUGGGCUCAGGCUUUCCCUUGGCUGUUUACUUCAGUGGACCCAGCAGGUCUGUUUAACAGGCUAUUGAAACGUGUUCAGCUGGCUGUAGGAUGUUUUUGUAUACUAUGGCCCAAGUGCUGUCUUGGAUUCCGCACUUGAAGCUGUGGGAACAGAGCAAUGGCUCCUCUUGGGAGGUAGCACCUCUGAACCAACAGUUGCUGAGGCACACCAGGAGAGGGAGCGAGCAGCUCACUGGCUUAGGUAGUUCAGAGCAAGUUCACAAAUGUUACUUUUGUGCGGUAGGGAGGCAAAAAAGCUAUUACUUUUUUUGAAGUGUGUUUCAGAACUGAGCCAACUAGCACCGCCAGAGUUGCAGCAGCAUAAUUUCCUCUGCUUUAACUGGAAGCGGCAAAUAACACUCCACAUUAUAUUACUGGAAGUAGCAAAUAGCACUGGAUAUUGUAUACUAAGGUCAACCUUAGGCCCAGAGAAAAGUUCUCUUGGAGCUUGGUACUUCUGCAAUUCUUGCACAAUGAGUGAUAAAGCAUCCAAAGGCAUUUAUGAAACUUCUGGACUAGCAUCUCUUCAACAUCAGUUGCCAAACUGCCCUUUGAAUACUACAUACAAAGGUGGAAGUUGUUCUCAUGCUGUGACAGUGACUUGCUGUGAAUAUUCAGUAUCUCUGAAGUACUUGAAAACAGCACUUCGAUGAGUGAUGCUGUCCCAGAAACCUGUAUGAGUUGUAAUUAAGAGAUAACUGUGCUGCUGGGUUUUAGAGUCAAUGUUGAUGUUAUAGUCUGUCCUGUUUGGACCACGUGGACAUCUGAAGGGGCAGGUGCUGCUGUUUGUUGUUAGAAGAAAUAAUAAACCAGCUGUACCUGUUGUAUGUCCUGAUUAAGACUGCUGUGGGAAAAGUAAAGACCAUCUGAGCUGCGAUUUGACUCUUGCGCUUUAACUGAGUUCCACAUGGAGGAUAAAAUAUGUUUCUCUAAAUUCAGAUUAUGGAUUAUCAGACCUCCAUGGUAAAAUGUCAAGGUCUGGAAAAAGGCCUCUCUCCUGAUAGAGUUUCUGGCAACUCUCUUGGGAAAUCUUAUCUAAGAGAUCGGUGUCUCAGAAUAUAGUAUCACAGUUGGAUUAAAAAGGUAGGGGAGGAGAAAAGGUGAAGGAACCUGAACAUACCAGAGAGAACUUUUCAUAUAGAUAAUUAGAAUUCAUAAUAGAUCUGACCUGCAUUCCCUUUUGCUGUUUCUGCCUUUCCAGGAGAGACCAGGUUUCUGUGGAAGUUUUCCCUUGGGCAGUCUUACACAGGCUGAUAUAGGUAUACUCAGUAAAAAAUGAAGAUGUAAGACUGAUUUUUUUUUUUUUUUUCUUUUCACAUCUUUGGAGCUAUUAGAAUAGCUAUCACCUAACUGUUUGCCCUCUGGGAAUCAGAGAUGGAACAUUUGUGUCUCUUGGCUUUAUGGACCAAAUUAAAGUCAUUUGGUCAAAGAACAAAGCUUUUAGCAGCUUCCAUGUGGAGUGUGUGCAGGCUUCCUUGAUGUUCAGGCUUUCUAAACUUUGCUCUGAAGAGCACAGUGCAAGCUGAAAGUGCUCAUUGUACAGGUUCUCUCAUCUUUAACCUUUUUUUAUGCCAAAACGGUUUGACUACUUUUUUUGUCUAAGUAAAGUUGAUGUGAGCCUAUGUCACAAUGGUUUGCCUUGGGAUUAAUUGAGCUCUGGCUGGUCAGUUGUUAGAUUGCUCUUGGUUUUGAUGCUGGACAUUCUCAGCACAGGGAAACCCGAUGAAUGUUUUUUAUCAUUUAGUAUGAAUGAUUGUUGGUUCUUUACAUGAACAGUUAUUUCUAGCUUUGAAUUUUCACAGAUUGUGAAAAUCUUUGGGCUCCACUGGAUUUGAAGAGUUUAUCAUACCUAGGAAUUCAUGAGUUUCUUGAAUUAGUUAGUUUACUUUUUUUUUUUUUUUUUUGGUAAAGGAUGAUGCCCAUCGUGUGAUCCAGUUUUAAUGGUGGUUUCUGAAAGUAUCUUACGUGUUUUACACCCAGAGCCUGAAGUCUGUAGGUAGCUGGUGCAUUGUCAUGUUUGAUUUGAAACUGCUAUCUGGACAGUAUUACUGAGAGUGCUGUGAAAAACGUUUUCAGUACUGUCAUCUGUCCUGAGACUAGCAAGGCUAUCAAAGCCAAUUUGACCGAGGGAGCUGUGUGCGUUUGGAAAAAUAUGCAAGCUGUUGCAUGCACAGGUGUCCAGCUGUUGAAAUAUUAAACUCAGUGUUGAGUUUCUUGGUUUGUUUUUGGUUUUUUUUUUGAAGGAAGGAAAGGGAAGGGAAUCCCUGUUCCCAUCUCAGUAAACAAUGAAACAAAUAACUUGUGGCUGACAUUUUCCUUUCUUACAAUAGUUAAUGUUAGAGAAUUAGUGAUUUUAUUUUUUCCCUUACGAUACUUCUCAACUUCAUGCAAGUGAGAAUCCUGUCCAAAUAGUGUUUCAUCAGUGCAUAUAUCCCUUAGUGCUACCCUGUGGGGGUGGGGGGAAUAACUUUGUGAGUGCUUCCAAUUUGCCCUCGCCCUUCCUAGCAGUACAUACAGUGGAGAGGGCCUUGAAUUAAAGGCAGUGACUUGACUCUUCAGUUGCUCUACCUUUUUGAGGCACUAAUUUUUUCAAUUAUUUGGUUUUGUAUUUGACUGUUUCUCUUAGGAGAACAUUUUGUUUCCUGCUCAGUUUGUAACUGGCUAGAAUGUUCCAAAAUCAGCAGUCUAGAGCCCUGGGUGAGGAGUUUGGGUCGUGCUUUAAGUCACUACCACUGCUCUUAGGGACAAAAAACCUUUAGAACUUGGAGUCCUGCCUGUCCCAUGCUGGAGAGCACAAGAACCUUGAUGAGAAUCCUACCAGAAUGCAAUUCUGCUUCUUGGAAAUUAAGAUGCAAUGGAUCAGCUUGAGCAGAGGGUAAAUGAAUUUUUUAUGAAUGCAAAGAAAAACAAACCUGAAUGGAGAGAAGAACAAAUGACAUCAAUCAAAAAAGAUUAUUACAAGGCUUUGGAAGACGCAGAUGAAAAAGUGCAAUUGGCUAAUCAAAUAUAUGAUUUGGUAGACCGUCAUUUGAGAAAAUUGGACCAGGAACUUGCUAAAUUUAAAAUGGAACUUGAAGCAGAUAAUGCUGGAAUUACAGAAAUAUUAGAGAGACGGUCUCUGGAGCUGGAUACACCAUCACAGCCUGUGAAUAACCAUCACGCCCAUUCUCACACUCCAGUAGAGAAAAGGAGAAACAAUCCAUCUUCGCACCAUGGUGCAACAGAUCACGCUCCUGAAAAGAAGUUUAAAUCUGAAGCUCUUCUAUCUACCCUGACUUCAGAUGCUUCUAAAGAAAAUACACCAGGGUGUCGAAACAGUAAUUCAUCAUCCUCUUCAAACAAUGCAUACAAUACAAACUCUUCUCAACCAUUGGCAUCAUAUAACCUGGGCUCAUUAUCUUCAGGAUCUGGGGCUGGUGCAAUUACCAUGGCAGCAGCUCAAGCAGUGCAAGCCACAGCACAGAUGAAGGAAGGAAGACGAACAUCCAGUCUAAAAGCCAGCUAUGAAGCAUUUAAGAACAACGAUUUUCAGCUUGGAAGAGAAUUUUCAUUAUCCAGAGAUUCAACUGGAUAUUCAUCAUCAGCUCUGGCAUCUACAUUAACACAGACAUUAAGUUCAUCAACCACAGAUUCACGAAGUGGCAGAAAAAGCAAAAACAACAACAAAUCUUCAAGUCAGCAGUCCUCAUCAUCUUCCUCUUCUUCCUCUCUAUCAUCGUGUUCUUCUUCAUCUGCACUGGCACAAGAACUCUCUCAGCAAACAGCAGUAAUACCAGAGACCGAUUCUAAUAGCCAGGUUGACUGGACUUAUGAUCCAAAUGAGCCACGUUACUGCAUUUGUAAUCAGGUGUCCUAUGGUGAAAUGGUAGGCUGUGAUAACCAAGAUUGCCCUAUUGAAUGGUUCCACUAUGGAUGUGUUGGACUGACAGAAGCACCGAAAGGGAAAUGGUUCUGUCCACAGUGUACGGCUGCAAUGAAGAGAAGAGGCAGUAGACAUAAAUAAGUUUCUUCAUCUGGAAAACAAAUUACAUACUAAAGGUUUUAUAGAGGACUUGGGAGGGGGAGGAAUCCCACCACACUUCCUUGCAACCACUUAAGGGUUAACAUAGCAGUCGUAAGAUCUUGAACUAUUGAUUUUGCUAGUUGUGUUUUAAUAUUGUAAGUAAAUUAUUUAUGCACAUUGAUGUGCUACGGAUACUAUUCCAGUGAGCCUUGGAUUGUUCCAGUGGCCAGCAUAUGCAGACAUUUGUACUAUCAAACCAUUUUCUCUAAGCAGUGGGCAUUCUACAAUUACUCAAUCUUCCAAAAAUUCCGAUAAAUCAAGAUUUUAAAUGUAUGUUUUAUAUACAACAGAUAUAUUCUGCUGCAUGUACUGUACUCAAGAGCUGUUAUGUAACACUAUGUAUAUAAAUGGUGCAAAAAGUCAGUGCUUCUGAAAAAAAAAAGAGACAAUGGUUUUUAAAAUGCCUUUAUAGCUUUGGUUCUUUAUGAAACUUAAUUCAGCAGGCUGAAGAAAAUGGUUCUUGUAUACAGCGGGCUGUUGUCCUCUAGGGUACUUGAGUAUGUAAAAGCAAAAAAAAUGCUGUAGAAUAAAACAAACUUGUGCCAUUAGUCUUUAUAUGUUUCUGCUCCAGAGAAGGUGCAGGCCAUAAGAGGAAAAAAAGGUGUUAAAGUGAUGAUAAAUUUUUAUACCAAAUGUGUUUAUUUUUUUGUGCAAGUAAUCCUUUACAUUUGAAUUGUAUUAGGUGUUACAAUAAAACAACCUCAACUCCUGAAAUAA